AUGCCCGGGGCGGGGCGCGGGGUGGGAGCGCCGAGCCGGCGCGGGGGACGGCUGCGCCGAGUCCGCGGGUCCGCCCGCCAGCCCGGCCGGAGGCAGCCGAGGCAGCUCGGGCAGCGGCGGUGGCGGUGGCGGGAGGCAGAGCGCAGCGCGCCGAGGAGACGGAACGGCGACAGAGCCCGCCCCAGAGCCGCUGUCCAGGGUCCUCGAACCGCCUGGGUGGUGGGGUUUGGGCACAGCGCGCGGCGUGUGUCUGGCGUGCGCCUGGGUGAAGGGCAAUUGGGCAGUGCUGAAGACCCAGCCUGGCUCCAGCUGCUUCGAAAAGACUCCAGCCCCCCAGGACCCCAGCCCACAGCCUUCUGCUGCCCACAGGAUGGGAGCCUGGGGGCUGGGAGCCAGGCCAUGAGGGACUGCUGCCCCUCCCAGCAAAAGGCCAUCCCCACACACCCAAGGCACAGCUCUGCCCAAAGCCCAAGCAUGGCCUCCAGACACAGCAGCCCCAGCGGGGCUAGGGAAGGGGCGUCCUGCUCUGCGGACCCUGGCAGGAGUCUGGCCUACCCCUCCAAGACCCGCAUCCCUUCCCAGGAGGCAGCCGCCAAGGAGACAUUAGGGGCACAAGGAGCCUUGAUCUCAGGAACACCAGAAACCACCUUCUCUGGGAGGCCAGAGCCUGUGUCCUCGGUGAAAACUGAUCCUUCACCCUCAGAGAACAGAAACCCAAUGUUCUUAGAGAAUAUGGAUUCCAAGUCUUCAAAACAGCUAGAUUCCAUUUCCAUAGGAAAGGAAGAUGCUGGGUCCUUGAGGAUGGCAGAUCCUAUGUUUACAGGAAAGACAGAGCCUGCAAUCAUAGGGGAAGUGGAUUCUGUGGCUUCUGGAAGUAAGGAUCCCGUGACCCUAGGAAAAGAGGAUCCUGGAUCCUUGGGAAAGGUAGAUCCUCAGUGCUCCAGCGAGAUGGAUACAGUGUCCCUAAGGAAGGAGGAGCCUGGAUCCUUGGGCAAAGUGGAUCCUGUGUUCCCAAGAAAGGAGGAGCCCAGGUAUUCAGGAAAAGACCUUCGAGUGUCCUCAGAAGAGGUGGGGUCUGCAUUUGCAGAAAAGACAGAUCUUGUAGCCUUGGGAAAGAGAGAUCUCGAGUUCUCAGCAAACUCGGAUCCUGUGUCCUUGGAAACGCUGACUCCAGGGUCACCAGGCAAAAUUAUGCCUGGAACAGUGGCUCUGGGGCCAUCAGGAAGGGCAGAUCCUACUCACUUGGGGAUGACAGAUCCUGCAUCUAUGGUAAAUGCAGAAAUCAUGUCCUCCACAAAAGAGGACCCUCAGUUCCUAGGAAAGAUGGACCCUGCCUCCUCAGAAAAGCAAGGCUUCAUGUCUGUGGGAAUGACAAAAACCAUGUCUGCUGGACAGGUGGAGCCCAUGUCUUUGAAAAAUAUGGACCCCGUGUCUGCAGGCGAAGUGGGUUCGGUUUCUUUGGCAAAAGUGGAUCCUGUGUCCUCAGGAAAGCCAGAGCCCUUGUCUCCCAUGCAGGCAGAACUGAUGUCAGUGGGAAAGACAGAAACCACAUCCUCAAGAAAGGAGGACCCAGUGUCCUCCAGAAAGGGGGAUCCCAUUUCUGUGGGAAAUACAAAAACAUCACCUCCUGGAAAAGUGAAUCCUGAAUCAUCAGGAGAGAUUGACUCUGCGUCCUCUGGUCCCGUGGGUCCUCCUUCCUCUGAAAAAGCUGAGGCAGUGACUAGGGGGAAAGCAGACCCAUUGUCCUUGGAAAAGUCAGGUCCCCUGGCCCCUGGAAAGGUGGGUCCCCCAGCCUUGGGGAAGGCUGAUCCCCCCAUCUCGGGGAAAGUGAACCCUGUGAGCAAGGGAAAGCCGGAAGCUGUCCUCCCCGGAGACAUGGACUCCGAGUCCGCAGGAAGGGUAGCCCCCACGAGCCAAGGAAAAACAGUCCGGGCAUCCCCGGGAAAGGCAGAAGCUGUCCCAGAGGGAACGGUGGAUGCUCUGCCCCUCGAGAAGGGCAAUCCUAUGAACUCCAUGAAGGUGGAUCCCAGGGCCUCCGGGAAAGCAGGAUCCAAGUCCGAGGGCAAAGCGGAAACCACACCCUGUGGGCAGGAGGGCACCGCCUCACCAGGGAAAGCAGAGGCUAAAUCUUCGCCGACCGAGAAGCCACUGGCCCCGGAGAAGCCGGAUCCUGGACCCUCAGAAUCAGCAGGCUCUAUUGCCUCUGGGAAGGUGGCGCCUGUAGCCCUGGACAAGACUGACUCUGUGCCUCCGAGAAAGGGGGAGCUCCCAUCCUCGGGGAAGGGGGACAGCCUGACUCUGGAGAAGGCCUCCAGGCAGGCAGAUGGCAAACCCUGUGACUCCGCUCCUUCUCCCGCAGACCGCGGGGGCCGCGUGGAGCCAGCGUCACUGCCCAGCUCCGAGGCCUCCAGCCUCGUCCGGAAGGACCCGGCGGCUGCCAAGGCCGAGAGGAGCCCUGGCCUGGAGGCGGUCGCGCCGCCGCCGCCCGGGCCGCGGACUCGCGACAACUUCACCAAGGCGCCGUCGUGGGAGGCGAACGCCCCGCCGCCACGCGAGGACGCGGGCACGCAGGCGGGCUCGCAGGCCUGCGUGUCGGUGGCCGUGAGCCCCAUGUCUCCGCAGGACGGCGCGGGCGGCCCGGCCUUCAGCUUCCAGGGGGCGCCGCGCGCGCCCAGCCCCGCGCCCGGACCGCCCUCUCGCCGGGACGCGGGCCUGCAGGUGUCGCUGGGCGCCGCCGAGACGCGCUCCGUGGCCACCGGGCCCAUGACACCGCAGGCCGCCGCGCCGCCCGCCUUCCCCGAAGUGCGGGUGCGGCCGGGCUCCGCGCUGGCGGCCGCCUCGGCGCCCCCCGAGGCGGUCGAGCCGGUGCGCGACGUGAGCUGGGACGAAAAGGGCAUGACGUGGGAGGUGUACGGCGCCGCCAUGGAGGUGGAGGUGCUGGGCAUGGCCAUCCAGAAGCAUCUGGAGCGACAGAUCGAGGAGCACGGUCGCCAGGGGGCGCCCGCGCCGCCACCUCCCGCUGCGCGCCCGGGCCCGGGCCGCGCGGGCUCCGUCCGCACCGCGCCCCCGGAGGGAGCCGCCAAGCGCCCGCCGGGCCUCUUCCGCGCGCUGCUGCAGAGUGUGCGGCGCCCGCGAUGCUGCUCGCGAGCCGGGCCCACGGCCGAGUGAUCGGCUCCCCUUUUGUACGCCCGGGUUUCCAACCUUCUCAGGCUCCCUUCUCGAUCCCAGGCCCCUAGAAGGGAUCCCCUCGACGCGCGACAGGCCUCCAAGGGGCGGGCAGCAUCUAGGGUCUUCUCAUCCUGUCUUUCCAGCCCCCUUCCCCUCCUGAACACACCAAUAAAUACCCUCUACCCAGCUCCUUCGUGGUCAGGAGCCCACGAACCCAGCCCCGACACCCCCCCCCCCCCCCGUCCCCUCAUAGCCCUCAGCGCUACCCUCUCCCGGCCACACUGGGCGACCUCUGGGGACCUGCUCAGAGUCCCUCUGGGGACCUAGCCUUGAGAGCUAGGGCAGGCUCCUGAGAUGUCCAGACAGGUGCGCUAUGGUCUCCAGAGGCAGCCAGGUCCCCAGAACGGGAGAAACUGUGUACAAAAGCCCCAAGUAUGUGAGGAUUGGCAUGUGAGACCCCCGAUGUGCAAGCCCGGGGUGUAUGCGAGUGCGUGUCCACGCGGCGGGCUGGCCCCAUGGCCUGGGCAUCUCUUGCAUGCUGGUAGUUGUCCCCAGUUCCUGUCUCCCCCUCACCUGGCCCUAUCCCCACCCUCACUGGACACCGCUCCACAAUUCCCAGACAGGCCAAAGGCAGCUGCAGGAGUGCCCUGUGGGUGCAGCUGCAAGAGUCACAGAAACGCCGGAGGGUCAUGGUCAGAGGCCCACAGCCUGGUGACAGCUGGCCUUGGGUGCUGGGGACACGACGGAGAGCUCACUCUACAACCACCGUAGUCCCUAAA